UAAAAAGACAUAAAUUAAGAGUUCGAACGCAAAUUUGGCCAAAAAAAAGAAAGAAAAAGAAAAAAACACCAAAUUCCUAAUAUCCCCAAAAUUUAUUUUCCCUCUUUUUUAAAGGCACUGCACAUCUGGCAAACCAAAAAAUCCUUUCUUUUUCCCGUAUUUCACCGCCUUUUCAACCAUCGGUCUCGUUUAUAAUUACUUCCCCCAUUCCCUUCUCCGAUUAUACUUCCUUUAGCGCUAGGCUUAGGGUUUAUUUUUCAGAAGUGCUCUCAAUUUCGAUCGUAUUUCUGAUUUUAAUUUUAAGAAACCUUAGCUCCUAUUUACACAAUGGAGCGCAAGACUAUUGAAUUGGAUCAGGGAUGGGAUUAUAUGCAGAAGGGGAUCACAAAGCUGAAGAGGAUUUUGGAAGGAUUGCCAGAACCUCCAUUUAGCUCAGAAGAAUAUAUGAUGCUUUACACGACUAUCUACAACAUGUGUACUCAAAAGCCACCUCAUGAUUAUUCUCAGCAGCUUUAUGACAAGUACCGAGAGGCGUUUGAGGAAUAUAUUACAUCUACAGUAUUACCAUCUUUAAGAGAGAAGCAUGAUGAGUUCAUGCUGAGGGAGCUUGUUAAAAGAUGGGCAAACCAUAAAGUGAUGGUCAGGUGGCUAUCACGCUUCUUCCAUUACCUAGAUCGCUAUUUCAUUGCCCGCAGAUCACUUCCUGCACUUAAUGAAGUUGGCCUGACCUGCUUCCGUGAUCUGGUAUAUCGAGAAGUGCAUGACAAAGUCAGAGAUGCUGUAAUUGUCCUUAUUGAUAAAGAACGUGAGGGAGAGCAGAUAGACCGAGCAUUAUUGAAGAAUGUGUUAGAUAUUUUUGUUGAAAUUGGCAUGGGCCAAAUGGUUCGUUAUGAAGAUGAUUUUGAAGCAGAUAUGCUUGAGGAUACUGGUGCCUACUACUCACGGAAGGCAUCAAGCUGGAUUGAGGAUGAUUCUUGUCCAGAUUACAUGUUGAAGUCUGAAGAAUGCUUGAAGAAGGAAAGGGACAGAGUGUCUCAUUACCUGCAUUCAAGCAGUGAGACAAAAUUGUUAGAGAAAGUGCAACAUGAGUUGUUGGUCAUGUACGCAAAUCGGCUACUUGAAAAGGAGCAUUCAGGAUGUAGGGCCUUGCUUAGAGAUGACAAGCUGGAGGAUCUCUCUAGGAUGUACAGGCUUUAUUGUAAAAUACCUCGAGGCUUGGAUCCUGUUGCUAAUAUAUUCAAGCAGCAUAUUACAGCUGAGGGUACAGCCUUGGUUGAACAGGCGGAAGAUGCUGCAAGUAACCAGGCCUCAAAUGCUCCUGGUGUGCAGGAACAGGACCUUAUCAGCAAAAUUAUCAAGCUGCACAAUAAGUACAUCGUGUAUGUGACUCGCUGCUUUCAAAACCAUACUCUGUUCCACAAGAAAGUGCCACAUGAGUUGUUGGUCAUGUACGCAAAUCGGCUACUUGAAAAGGAGCAUUCAGGAUGUAGGGCCUUGCUUAGAGAUGACAAGCUGGAGGAUCUCUCUAGUAAGUACUGGCUUUAUUGUAAAAUACCUCAAGGCUUGGAUCCUGUUGCUAAUAUAUUCAAGCAGCAUAUUACAGCUGAGGGUACAGCCUUGGUUGAACAGGCGGAAGAUGCUGCAAGUAACCAGGCCUCAAAUGCUCCUGGUGUGCAGGAACAGGUCCUUAUCAGGAAAAUUAUCGAGCUGCACGAUAAGUACAUGGAGUAUGUGACUCGCUGCUUUCAAAACCAUACUCUGUUCCACAAGGCAUUGAAAGAGGCUUUUGAGGUAUUUUGCAACAAAACUGUUUCUGGCAGCUCAAGUGCUGAGCUUUUGGCAACUUUCUGUGAUAAUAUCCUGAAGAAGGGUGGAAGUGAGAAAUUAAGUGAUGAAGCCAUUGAAGAAACACUUGAGAAGGUAGUUAAGCUGUUUGCCUAUAUUAGUGACAAAGACCUCUUUGCCGAAUUCUACAGGAAGAAACUCGCUCGGCGACUGCUUUUUGACCGCAGUGCUAAUGAUGAUCAUGAAAGGAGUAUUCUGACUAAGCUAAAGGAGCAAUGCGGUGGACAGUUCACCUCGAAGAUGGAGGGCAUGGUGACAGAUCUGACAUUGGCAAGGGAAAACCAGGCCAGCUUUGAGGACUAUCUUAGAAAUAACCCAGCUGCACAUCCUGGGAUCGAUUUAACAGUUACUGUUCUUACCACAGGAUUCUGGCCAAGUUAUAAAUCAUUUGAUCUCAAUCUCCCUGCUGAGAUGGUCAAGUGUGUGGAAGUUUUCAAAGGAUUUUAUGAAACAGAAACAAAACAUAGAAAGCUUACAUGGAUAUACUCUCUGGGAACUUGCCACAUUAAUGGCAAGUUUGAGGAGAAAACUAUUGAGUUGAUUGUUUCAACUUAUCAGGCUGCUGUCCUCCUUCUGUUUAAUGCUUCUGAUCGGCUGAGCUAUUCAGAGAUCAUGGCUCAGUUGAACUUGACCCAUGAUGACUUGGUCAGGUUACUACAUUCGCUGGCAUGUGCCAAGUAUAAGAUUCUAAGUAAAGAGCCAAACACAAAAACCAUCUCCCAGAGUGAUUACUUUGAGUUCAACUCUAAGUUUACUGACAAGUUGAGGAGGAUUAAGAUUCCUCUCCCUCCAGUGGAUGAAAGGAAGAAAGUUGUUGAAGAUGUUGAUAAAGAUCGGCGUUAUGCUAUUGACGCUGCAAUUGUGCGCAUAAUGAAGAGUAGGAAAGUUUUGGGCCACCAACAAUUAGUUUCAGAGUGUGUUGAGCAGUUGAGUCGCAUGUUCAAGCCUGAUAUUAAAGCCAUCAAGAAGCGGAUGGAGGAUCUCAUCACACGAGACUAUCUGGAGAGAGACAAAGAUAAUCCAAACUUGUUUAGGUACUUGGCCUAAGUAGGUCCUUCCCAAUGGAACGUGGGAAGUGGUACAGUCAGAUGGAUUUACAAUGCUCCCCCACUGAAAUCCACAUAUUUUUUUCUGGGUACCUUGUGUAAAGUUCAACGAAGUUUUAAUUGUCUAUUGAAAUUUAAUUAGUGUUUCACUUUAAAUUUCAUCAGUAUGAAUAUUACAUGAGUAGUUAACUUUUAAAUUACGUUUAUUUAGUGUCUCACAUCUAUACAUAUUUUGAAAAA